AAAAAAUGUAAGAUAUCUACAUUCUACAACUGAACCAUUGCCAUAUUUUUAUCACGAUGUCCUACAAAAAAAACACCGCGUGAUUUAUCAUGACAGAUGUUGACUGACAAUACAUAUUAUUUAAUACGAGAAAUAACGUUCCAUUGUAUUGGUUGAUUAGGUAUAUUUAAUACAAUAUUUUGUACAUCUGUGAAAAAAAGAUUAAUACGAAACGAUCAUGAUAUCAAGGAUUGCAAAAAGGUGGUCCGUAUUCGCUAUGUUUUGUCUGAUAGCGUUUCACAACGAGGCUUUUGCGAGAAAACGGAUAUGCGUGAUUGGAGCCGGAAGAAGUGGACUGAGCGCUCUAAGAGUGGUGUCCGAGUCAAUUGACAAGUUUGAGCCGAUUGCCAUCGAGCGAAACUCGGAUGUCGGUGGUUUAUGGAUCUACAGAGAUGAUCCGGAAAAGGACGAGCAUGGAAUCGAAGCGCCCAGUGGUAUCUAUAAAAAUCUAAGAACUAUCACGCCGAUAGCGUCUAUGAUAUAUCCGGAUUAUCCGACGUUCUUGAGCGGCGAAAUUCACGAAUUUGUAUCCCACCAGACAUUCCUGGAGUACAUGAGAAAUUUCACCUCUCAUUUUCAACUCCGCCAAUACAUCCAGUUCAACACACUCGUGACCAAAGUAAAGCCCGCGCACAAUGGAUGCCGACGUGGGAAAAUUAGCUGGCUUUUGAAGAAGCUUAAUUUGAAUAUGAAUGUCUCGGAGGAGAUCAUUUGCGACGGGGUAAUUGUUUGCAGUGGACUUUACUCCAAACCAUACAUGCCGGAGAUUCCCGGACUAACAAAGACUUUUCCCGGGCAAAUACUGCACAGCCGUAACUAUCGAGUACCGCAGCCGUUCACCAACAAGACGGUGGUCAUUUUGGGAGGCGCGGCCUCUGCUCUCGGUAUCGCUGCAGAUCUCAGUAAAUACGCCACAACUAUUUAUCUCAGUUCGCGAAAAAGUAUUGAUCAAAUGGAUAUGCUUCAUGCAGUCGAGUGUAACUGGUCAUUACUAGAAAAGUGGAAAAUAGUUCCUCAAGUUAUAGCAGCUGACGGCAAUCACCUUAUCCUUAAGGAUAACUCGACGAUAACUGCCGACGCUUUUAUAUUUUGUACUGGUUACAUGGUCGACUUUCCAUUCCUAGAUGUGCAAAGUGGAGUAAAAUUUGAUGCCAAACACAAGCUAUAUCCGUUGACUAAGGGAUAUAUUAAUAAAAUAUACCAAUCGAUGGCUUUUAUCGGCCUACGAGAUUCAGAUUAUGCUUUUCCCGGUGAACAAUAUUCAGAGGUUAAAUACUUUUUGAAAUGGUUAGAAGAACAUUAGCGAUUCGCAAUACGGAAGUAAUAAAGAAUUUUUAUAUAAAAUACAAAAUCAAGGCUUCAAUGGUUUGUCGAAUAAUCAAGACAAUUAAUCAAUUCUAUGGGUAUAAUCGUUCUGAUUGAUCUAUCAAGAUGAGACAAUAAAGAUACUUCGUACUGAAAAAUUGAACCUGUCCGAAAUUAUUUAAAAUUAAAUUAUAAGAUUUCUUUGAUUGAACUCACUCGCAUGCUUAAACCUUACAAUAAUAUAUU